UGGCCGACAAACAGCUGUUGCGGUUUUCACGUCAAACGUUCGGAAGAAAAUAGAGAAUGAAAACAAGAAGAAAAAUAUUAUGAUUUUGUUGCAAUAUAUAAUUGAAAAAAAUUUCAAAUCAAAUUAAUUACAGAGAAUGUUUGGUAACAAAAAGAACACUUUACCACCUAGGCCUCCUUUGCCGAAUCACGAGCACAUGUUGGAAGAUCUCGACGGGGCUGGCAUGGAUGAUGUUGCGUUCAGACUCAUAAACGAAUCAUCCAUAAAAGAAUCUUACGGUUCGACAAACGCCGACAGUUCUGACGAUAUAUACAAGAAGGUGAAAACUUAUUUAAAUACCAAACAGCAGUUAAGACAGUUGGAAAGUUCGUUGAAAAAAGAAGUGCAACAGAUGCAAGUGCACUCGGAAGAAAUGACAAAACUUGCGGAUGACAUUAGAAAACAGACACAAGCCGCUCUUGGGAAACAAGAAUGCUAACAAGACACAUGGUAGUGUUAAAAUUUGUUGUUUUUAACACUAAAUUUGCUAGAAAAAUAAACCACUCGCUAGUAUAACAAAUAAACAUUAUUUAUUCCGUUGUAAGUUGCUGAGUAAUGUUGAAUCUGAAUAAACAAAUAUUUUUAUA